CUCUUCCCUCCCUCUCCUCUCUCUCUCUCUGCUCUGGUGAGGUCCACAAUGGUACAGCCAGCAUCUUGCAGCACAAUGGUUGCAAGGUGGUGAGCUGAGGGAGAGUGAUUCAGCAUCAGCAAACCUCGGUUCGGUCCACCUCUGCUUCUUUUUCCCCUUUCUCUCUCGUCUUCUUUUUCGGACCCCUUUUUCCCUCUCACUCCUUCGUCACAUCAAUGAUUUUUUCAUGAAGCCUUCAGCAAUGGUCUCCGCAGUGUUUCCCGUCGGGAUGUUUUGAAAAGGACAGGCACCGGACUGGGAUCGUCAUCAACUGGCACGGAAUGGUAUUUAUGAGCAGACAUUUCUUAUAUAACUGCAGCCAACCAGUCCUGGAUGUAAAGAUAGCCUUUUGUCAGGUGUGUGUUCCUUACAGGUAAAAAAGGGUUUUGGAAAACAAGUGGAUGUGUCAUAUAUUGCCAAGCAUUACAACAUGAGCAAAAGCAAAGUGGACAACCAGUUCUACAGUGUGGAAGUGGGAGACUCUACCUUCACAGUUUUAAAACGCUACCAGAAUUUAAAGCCCAUUGGUUCUGGAGCUCAGGGAAUUGUCUGUGCGGGCUAUGACGCUGUCCUGGACAGAAAUGUAGCCAUCAAGAAGCUGAGCAGACCCUUCCAGAACCAGACCCAUGCCAAGAGGGCAUACCGGGAGUUGGUGCUUAUGAAAUGCGUCAAUCACAAAAAUAUUAUCAGUUUAUUAAAUGUCUUCACACCACAGAAAUCAUUAGAGGAAUUCCAGGAUGUGUAUCUAGUGAUGGAACUAAUGGAUGCCAACUUGUGCCAGGUGAUUCAGAUGGAGCUUGACCAUGAGAGAAUGUCCUACCUGCUCUACCAGAUGCUGUGUGGUAUCAAACAUCUGCACUCAGCCGGCAUUAUUCACAGGGAUCUCAAACCAAGCAAUAUAGUGGUGAAAUCAGACUGUACCCUGAAAAUCCUGGAUUUUGGUCUGGCUAGGACUGCAGGCACCAGUUUCAUGAUGACCCCAUAUGUGGUGACCCGAUACUACAGAGCCCCAGAGGUCAUACUAGGAAUGGGAUACAAGGAGAAUGUGGAUAUUUGGUCGGUGGGGUGCAUUAUGGGAGAAAUGGUGCGCCACAAAAUCCUUUUCCCUGGCCGGGACUAUAUUGAUCAGUGGAACAAAGUGAUCGAGCAGCUGGGCACGCCCUCGCCAGAAUUCAUGAAGAAACUUCAACCCACAGUGAGGAACUAUGUCGAGAACCGGCCAAAGUACGCAGGCCUCACCUUCCCCAAACUCUUCCCCGACUGCCUUUUCCCUGCUGACUCUGAGCACAACAAACUCAAAGCAAGCCAGGCUAGAGACUUGCUGUCUAAGAUGCUGAUUAUCGACCCUGCUAAGCGGAUGUCAGUGGAUGAGGCCUUACAGCACCCCUACAUCAACGUGUGGUAUGAUCCGGCUGAGGUGGAGGCGGCCAGAGAUAACAUCCAAAUAUCCAUGCCUCCACCUCAGAUCUACGACAAGCAGCUGGAUGAAAGAGAACACUCCAUUGAUGAAUGGAAAGAACUUAUCUACAAAGAGGUGAUGAACUUUGAGGAGAGAACGAAGAAUGGCGUUGUGAAGGGACAACCUUCACCUUCAGGUGCAGCCGUGAACAGCAGCGAGAGCCUCCCUCCCUCCUCCUCAAUCAACGACAUCUCCUCCAUGUCCACCGACCAGACCCUGGCCUCAGACACUGACAGCAGCCUGGAGACCUCUGCAGGACCCUUGGGGUGUUGCAGGUGACUAGCCGCCUGCCUGCGCAACCCCAUGUUCUUCCGAAGGUGAAGAACCCAACAAAAACGACCACCGGAAAAUACAAAGACAAAAGAAAAAGACAAAAAAAAAAAGAGUAAAGAUCAAAAUUAAUAUAUUAAGAACAAAAAUAUGAGAUAUAGGAAUCUGAAUUUAUGAAAUCUAAAGCCUGUGCAUUGUCACUGAAAAACAGCAGCGGUAUUCAAGUAAAUGAGCUCAGAUAUAUGUUAAUGAUCCUCUAGUUGCUUUGCUUAUAUUACCCCUCAUAUUCUUGUAUAUGGCAUCAGAUCAAAAUGACCAAGCGCUUAGACUUGCAUCUCCUGUAAAGUGCAUAUUGGCUGGCAGCUGGUCUCCCAAUUCCUUACAGACAAAAAAAAAAGCAACCAAAAGAAAAGCAUUUAUGCUCCGAUCAUUGUGGCAAGGUGGGCUGCCAUUUUUGCUCAUCACUACUGCUAAAUGGGGACUUUCCUCUCUUUCCUCCCCCAGCCCCUCUCCCCUAUUCAGCUCUUAUUUAAUUACACUGCUGUAUUUUAAAAUCUAGGCUUUGUGUGAGACACCGCCACCUGACCACCCCCCACCCACCCAAAAAAAGGCUUCCUGAUGUGUUUUCAUGUGGUAACUCUGCAGGGACACGUUCCUGCUGUUACCAUGAGUGACCCCUCUCCCCCCCACCGUGGUAAUUUGUAAAUAUUGUAAUUCUGUACAGCUGAAGGGCACACAGAGUGGGACUGAUGGCCAGUAAACUGGGAUUUUUUUCCUUCUAUUUUUUCGACUAGCACACCUUGCCACAUCACCGCUUUCCACCUCAGUUGCCCCUGCCUAUUGCUGUAGUCCUGCAUGAUUAGAUUUAAACAAUGCUAAUCUCACUGUAUGCUAACGAGUCUAUAUAGAGACUUUUGUUUAUAUACAAUGUAAACUAACUGGGCACAGUAGGACGUGUGAGUGUGUGUGUGUUGGUGGACCACAGGCAAGCCAAUAAGACACUGAUAAAAGUGGGGGCUGUUUAGGACGUAAAGGGCCAGUACACACAGAAAUAAGUUAUUCUGAUUGUGCUCAGACUUCACGAGACAGCCUUCAAGAAGUCUAAUUUGUGUGUAAUGUCCCUUUUUAUUUCCCCUGGCAGUGUAUGAUCGGUCCUUUAACCACAGCCCUGCAUGUCAUUGUUUAUCAUUAACCCCUCACAGGCACAGGAGUUGGAUCGGUUUCACUGUGGAAUAACCACAAAGAACCUUUUCCCCUUUUUGUUUGACUCUUUAAAACAUAGCAGAAGUGAUACAGUGCUGAGUUUUUAAGACAGGUGAUGAGUGUUAACCUUGUAGCUAUGGCUCGUCUUCUCAUCUGCUUUAUAUCACCGCACACCACACAAAAAUGUCGCGACACGAGAAAGCACCCAUUAAACGAUUUCAUAGGCGAAAGAUUCUUUAAUUUAUUGAUUUAUAUAUUUUUGAUAGAUGGAAUCUGAACAUGGCAAGUGCCUUUUGGAAUGAAGCAUUGCAGGUGCAGAAAUGAUAUAUUUUUGUUUCCCUCUGUUUUUUCUGGUUCUGCCUUAAAACUGUCUGAGCCCCAAAGCUUAACUGUUUUCCUCGGUGUUUCCAU